GUUCCGUGCGGCCUGAAACUGUCAUAGAUAUAGCAAAAGAACGAGGGAUGCUGGACUCGCUACCUCAUAAAACUGUGGAGGAGCUCAACCGAGAUGUGAUCUUAGUAGAACCUAGUAGUCUGGAGAGACUUCUCACCUCAUUUGGAUACUUCAUGCCAAUCAUCAGUGGUUUCAAACGUGCAGUACAAAGGAUUGCGUACGAGCUGUGUGAAGAUUGUGCAAAACACCAUAUAAAGUACAUGGAGGUCCGAUAUUCCCCUCAUCUCUUCUCAAAUUCCUUAAGUGAUCCAGAAUUCGCGCAGACGCCGGGUACGUUCACACCACAUGACGUUGUUGAGACUGUUAACGAGGCUCUAGCACGAGGAAUGAAAGACUUUGACAUUAAAGUGAAUACAAUACUUUGCUGCAUGACCAACAGACCAGAUUGGUCGAAAGAGGUUGUGAAUCUAUGUAAAUGGUAUAAGUGUAAAGGUGUUGUGGGCAUUGACCUGGCUGGUCAGGAGUUCGAGCCAGGCAAGCAUUACGAUGACUGCGAACACAAGCAAGCAUUUCGGGAGGCCGCAAAAUGGGGAAUACGGCGAACAGUACAUGCUGGGGAAAUAGGCACAUCAGAGGCAGUAAAAGAGGCAUUGGACCACAUGCAAGCAGAGAGGAUAGGUCAUGGGUACCAUGCUAUAGAUGAUCCUGAAUUGUACCAGCGUAUAGUUAAAGAGCAAGUUCAUCUAGAAACAUGUCCUAUAUCCAGCAUUAUGACAAAAGCCUGUGAUAAAGACGAACAAAAACAUCCCCUUAAACAGUUUGUGAAAGAUGGUGUAAACUAUUCCAUUAACACAGAUGACCCUGUAGUUCUAGGCAAUACAUUGACUGAUGAUUAUAAAUUUGCUCAAGACAUGGGACUUUCUGAUGAAGACAUUAUACGAGGGAUAUUUAAUGCAGUAAGGUCCAGUUUUGCUUCCGAUACAGACAAGAAACUGAUGGAGGAAGAGCUUGUUAAAGUUUACGGACAAUAUUAGUUGAUGAUAAAGUUUUAUUAUUGUUACUGUGUUAAAAUUCCAUGUUAUUUUUACUCAUGUAUACCUAAGUUAAUGUGCAACUGUUUUUAAAAGGAUGACAGCCUAUAAAGUGUCUAUGUUAAGGACUUAAUCAUGUCACUUUUACAUAAACUGUGCAGAAUGGGCUAAAACCUUAAAAUGCUAAAGUUAACUUGCACUUUAAAUGGGUGCAUAAAGUAAAAACACUGUUUUUGACAAUUGUUAUUUUAAAAUAUCUUAAAGCACAUAAAGUAUUUUUUUAUGUCAUUUCUUUGUCCAACAUUUUUCAUUAUCAUGAAAGGCAAAGUCGGAGAAAACAUUUUACCAGAUUGCCUAAAAUGUUGCUGAUGUGGAUGUUUCACUUUGUAUAUAUUUAAUUAUGAUCUGAUCUUUGUCUUAACAUUUUGCUUUUUAAAGGCUUAGUUACCUUAAAGCUUUGUAACCUUGAGUUUGUUUGAUGAUGCUUCAAGUCUAUGACCCCACUUACACUGUAUAUGUAUGCCAGUGAAAACUUGAAAACUAUAUAGGCUAGCUAGGCUAUAGAUUGUCAACAGAUUCAAAUUGAUUUUCAUUAUAUAUAUAUUUAAUAUCGUGAGUUACUAAUAUACAUGCAUAUUGAGAUGGUGAGUAAUCAAGUUACACAGUUUAUUUCUAGAAUAUUUUAUUAACAACCAAACUCUAAAAAUGCUUCAUUAUGUCAUAAUUAGAAAAAAAGCUACAGUAUGUCAUAAUUAGAAAUUGCUCCAGUAUGUCAUAAUUAGAAAAUGCUGCAGUAUGUCAUAAUAAGAAAAUGCUCAAGUAUGUCUUGAUUAGAAAAGGCUCCAGUAUGUCAAAAUUAGAAAAAAAAUCUGCAGUAUAUAAUUAGAAAAAGCUCUAGUCUAUCAUAAUAAUAGACAUCAGUAUGUCAUGAUUAGAAAAUGCUUUAGUAUGUCAUAAUUAGAAAAAGCUUCAGUAUGUCAUAAUUAUGCUAUUACAUCAUUAUACCAAUUCCAGUUCCUAUUUGCUCAACUAUAUGCAUUUUUAGCUUGUCUGAUUUUUGAAAAAAAGUUUACAAGGUCUUGCAAUCACCUGGUUGUUGGCGUCUGGGUUGGCACGGGUUAAAAUUUUUGUUUGGGUCCACUUAGGUUAAAAACUAUAAGAGGUACAGCUUUGAAACUUUGCGCAAUCGUUUAUCUACAUUUGAUGAGUAAGUGAGCCUCUUGCAUGUAUUUUGUAAGAAUUAUGACCCUUUCUUUACUUAAAAUAUUUUUAUAUUUCUUUAUUAAAAUGUUUAUAUCAACUUUACAUAAGUACUGUCAGAGCAAUUGCUUAAAAACUUUAACAGACUUGUUCAUCAUUACAAGGUGAGUAUGUUGGCCAAGACCAACAACUCUCAGUUGCAUUUUAUAAGAAUAAGAAUUAUGGCCCUUUUUGUACUUAGAAAAUUAGAAUUCUUUCAGUCAAUUUUUUGUUUAGGUCCACUUUACUUGAAAAAGUAAGAGCAAUAGCUUACUUGUCAUUAGAUAAGUAUGUUGGCCAAGAACGGUAACUAAGGGAUGCAUUUUGUCAUGGCCCUUUGUGUACUAAUUAAAUUGGAAUUACUUGGUCAAUAUUUUUGUAUAGGUCAACUUUUCAUGAUUAUUCUAAGAUCUCUAGCUUUGAAACUUUGUACACUUGUUUAUUGUCAUUACAUUAGCAAGUAGGAUAACUAGCUUAACUCUGAUAUGCAGUUUGACAGAAUUAUGUUCCUUUUUGAACUUUUUAACCGUAAAGUGCUCGAGAAAUUACAGUAAAUUCCAAUCAAACAGCAUUACUUGGUUGUAGUUUUCAUCUGACACGUUCCAUUAGAAACAGCCUGUAUAAAGCAGCCACUUGUAUAAAACAGCGAGUCAGCAAACGUCCACAUUUGUUUUUUAUUCCAAUACCAACUCGUAUAAAGCAGCCAUCUGCCGUAAGCAGCCAGACUGUGUCACUCCCUUGGCUGUCUGCUUAGUUCAGGUUAAACUGUAUCAUUCUCGAAUUCUUUGUCACUGAAUCAGUCUCUAGCAAUCACCUGAGGAAAACAAAAUGUAUGCCUGACAGAUUUAAGUAAUGGUAUGUGUCAGGCCCAUCUGUUCGUGAUCCGCGUUGGCACUUUUACCCAUUUUGUUUAUGCAUAAUAGAUAAUGUACUUCGAGUUAAAUUUUUUUAUAACUUUGCAAUUGUUUAAAGAACAAAAGUCCAAAUUAUGAAAUAUAAGAAAUAUUCAACAGAGUUGAAUAUAUUUGUUAUACUUGUGACGGUGUGCAAUACACAAAACAACACAUGUAUAAAAAUGUGUGUAUAUAAAUUUGAUAACAAACACAACUGUCCAAAAGAUUUCAAAUAAUUUUGCUCAAGACCAAUGCACAAACAUAAAAAGAAUGGUAGGAGAAGUUUAUAGGUAACAUUGCCAAAAAUCUAUUUAAACAUGCCCUUCAACUAACUUUACUAAACCUUUACCCUGCUAAAUUUCUAAAAUGGACUGGUCCAUUUUUCAAUCUGGGCAGAACCACCUAUUAUUAGAAGGAGAGUUCACUGAAAAUUUACUGACUGAAAAGCAAACAGUGCAGAACGAGUUCCAUGCAGACUCAUCUUGGUCUGCACUGGUCGCAAAGGCAGAAUCACUUGCCGCCAGCAGGCAAAACUAGUAGUGUCAUUGUGACCAAUAACACAAACAAAAACAUGUGCAGAUUUCAUUUUCUGAUUCCUUGUGAUGCAGUUCUAUGUAAUAUUGCUUUAUGUGAAGCAUUUGUUCCUUUAACCUUUUUAUUUUUUAAAUAAAAGAUUUAUAAAUUAC